AUGGAGAACUAUCAGAUUGGUGGUAUCGGAGUUGAAGUUGAGAUUGAUGAGUCCAAGUUUGGGAAGCGGAAGUACCAUCGAGGACAUAGAGUCGAUGGUGUUUGGGUGUUUGGUGGCGUCGAAAGAACACCAGAGCGUAAGUGCUUCCUUGUAGCUGUUGAGGACCGCAAGAAGCCUACUUUGGAGGCUUUAAUCAAGGAGUUCAUUCUCCCUGGUUCUAUUAUCAUCAGUGACAAGUUCCCAUCUUACGAGGAUCUCGAAGGAACAGAGGACUUCUGGUACCAGCACGAAGUUGUGAACCACUCGGAGAAUUACAAAGAUCCCAUUACAGGUGCCUGCACGAACACUAUUGAAGGCACCUGGAAUGGUGUCAAGAAGCUUGUUCCCACCAGGAAGCGAACAGAAGAAGGGAUAAUCCGUGCCUGGGGAUUGGUCAUUUUGACAUUUAUUGAACCUCCCCGAUGGUGUUCGAUUGGUGAAGAAGACGAUGCCAACAACUGUCAAGUGCUGUUCGAUUUAGAAGGACCACCCGCCAUUAGCAGUGACAACAACGACGACAACACAACUACCCUAGGAGCCGUGGAUGAAUCCGUUACGGCCGAUUAUUACCCCAGUUCCGGUUCUCUAUUACUGACGACGGCACAAUCCCAAUUUUUGGAAUUGGUGUUUGUAUCGUUCAUUUCUCUGGUCAUGCUCUUUCGAGUGGGACGAGAUGGAUGUUCCAUUGUUCGAUACUUUCGAAAAGGACCGGCACUGUUGCUUCGCUCCCUUCAGAUUAUCGCCAUUGCGGCCAUUUACUUGGGAUUGGGAACUGGGUACACUUUUUUUCAACCAAUUGCCAGAUUGUUGCUCCUGGGAACAUUGCUACGAAGUUUGCAUAUGGAGGUUGCCAAUACACUUCUUGUGCUUCCCCAAGUACUCAACAUUUGCGCCAUGCUGGCAAUUUACGUGUUCUUUUGGGCAUUCAUGGGGACAGUCCUCUUUUACGAAACCGAUCAAGGCGUGGCGGGGUUUUCCACCUUUGUCGAAUCUCUAUGGACGCUUUGGAUUUGUAUCACGACCGCCAACUACCCAGACGUUAUGAUGCCCUCCUACAACCAAAAUCGACUCUCGGGACCCUACUUUGUCAUCUUUAUGAUUGUCACCUUUUUCUUCUUUAUGAAUCUCAUCUUGUCAUCCAUUGUCAACACAUAUGAUGAUAUCAUGAGUGAGCGCAAAAAGGAACGAAAAGCCCGGGAAGAUGCCAAACUCUCCGAAGCCUUUCAACUCAUGGACCAAAGCAAAACCAUUGACCGAGACACCGUCAUGACACUGUUCCGUAUCUUGAACAAGGACUUUCCAGAGUUUCGACACAUUUCGUCGCGGGAUGCCAAACUCUUGUUUGCCGUGCUAGACCGUGAUGGGUCGGCCAAGAUUAGUCAGCACGAGUUUUUAGAUUUUGGAAGUAUCAUGCUCUUGGAGUUCUUUCACGAAGAAGAAUUCGCAACAUCGAUUCAGCUUUAUUUUCCCAAACUCUACAAUUCGGAGAGGUAUCAGAACUUUCUGACAGUUGUCAAGUCGGAACAGUUUGAAACUGCAAUUGAUAUCAUUCUGGUGAUGAAUGCCGUUGUGGUUGUGAUCCAAUCUUGGCCCCUCCUGAUUGGAGAUGCAGUGACCCAAAACGAAGAUUUCUUGGAUGGAACCAUCGACACUGUCUGGGAACUUAUUGAAGCCAUCUUCACAGCGAUCUACUGUGUGGAAGCCAUUCUUAAAAUCGUCGCAAUGGGGUGGAACAACUACAUUGAAAAGGCAAAAAACGUUUUCGAUUUCAUCAUCACAAUUCUGGCGUUUUUGGCCACCGCCUAUGUCUACUACCCCAAUGACUACAGCGACAGUCGCUUGAUUCGUUACAUUGUAAUGGCUCGAGUGGUGCGAAUUGCUCGGGUUGUGAUCGCCUUCAAGCCUUUCCGAGUGAUUGGUAUCAUUUGGUACGAGGUCAUGCCGUACGCAACAAGCGUGCUGAUCUUGCUCUUCUUCAUCAUGUACGCCUUUGCGUCAUUGGGAGUGGAGCUGUACGGGGGUAUGGUUUCGCGGGAUCCUUCCAAUCCAUACUCGUACUUGAUCCUCAACACCGACUUUUCGGACAAUGAUUACUGGGCCAACAACUUCAAUGAUCUUAUCAGUGCCUUCAAUGUGCUGUUCAACCUUUUGGUGGUGAACAACUGGACAGAGUGUGAGAUUGGCUUUGAAGCAGUCUCUCAGACGAGAUGGGUCAGGUACUACUUUUUCGCCUUUCAUUUCGCCGGUGUUAUUCUGGUCAACAAUCUCGUUGUGGCUUUCUUUAUCAAUGCCUUUUUGGCGCAGGGCAAAAUUCUGGCAAAUCGCAAGGAAGAGCUUGCUCUCGAUAACGGCGAAGCAGUCAUUCAUGGUCGUGAAGCAUCGUUUGAUGCAUCAGAGAUCACGGGCACCCGAACAAGUGUCAGAGGUGGCUUCAUUGCUAGAAUCAGAACAACUCACGCUGAGGAGGACGAACAAGAUCGUUUGCGGCGGCUCUUCACGCAGACAUCCGAAGAAGAUGAGAUCCGAUUCAAACCGCAGGAAGAACACGAGUGGACCAUGCCCUUUGCAAGAAGCUAG